CUCUCAGUUCCUCUCCUCCGCCCGCCAGCCUCCUCUCUCUGAUGGAUGUGUUUACGGAGAGAGCGACCCCUCCCACCCGGACACGCAGCUCGACCUGCAGGUGAGCAGUUCAGCUGUUUUCUGCUCCGUCACCGCGGCUCCUCCGGCGGGCUGGCCGCUGCGCUUCUCCCCGCAGCAGCUCCGGGUCCUGAUCCGCGGACGGGACGCGCUGGCAUUUCUGCGUCCGAAGAUCGCAUCUCGCCGCGAUGGCGGACUCGGGGAUUGUUUGAGAAAGCCGACAGCGUGGACGGAAAGCUCAUGAAAGCUGUGCGUUAUCAGAGGCUUGUAAAUCUGACAUGUGUACACCUAAUGAGACGGUAACCUGAGAUCCCGUCCUGAGGGAAAACCAGGAUGCGUGCGAUUACGUCACAGCUUUUCAUCAAGACUAAUGUUAGAUGUGGCCAUCGCAAACCUGCCGCUGGAGCCAUGUUGCUUCUCCUGUGUCUUGGCUUUCUUCCCACUGUGGCUACAUGCCCACUCUACUGCCUUUGUGCCAGUGAUAUAAUUUCCUGCAGCGGCCGCAAUCUGUCCGUGGUGCCCUCUGAUCUGCCCAGCUACGCCACACGGCUGGACCUGAGCCACAACGGCCUCCGUGCUCUGCGUGUGGACUGGAUUUCCCAACGGUUUGAACGGCUUACGACACUGAUUCUCAGCAAGAACUCAAUAAGCCAAAUUGAGGUGACCACCUUCACUGUGACACCGCACCUCCUCCACCUAGACCUGUCGUUCAACCAGCUGAGCAUGCUAAAUUCAUCCGUCUUCAUUGGGUUGAAGGACCUGAAGGAGCUGCUGCUGAUUGGCAACCAGAUCGCCCACAUCAACCCAGAGUCCUUUAGCGGUCUGUACAGCCUGCAGAGGCUCUACCUCUCUGCGAACAAACUCACCGCCUUCCCCCUGGAGCUUUAUGAGGAACCCAGAGGUCCUCGUAACCUGACCUUUCUUGACCUGUCAUACAACAAGCUCUCCGUGGUGCCUGUCCAGAGCCUGCUGUAUCUUACCCGCCAAGGAGGAGUUUAUUUGCAACAAAACCCUUUGGUCUGUGACUGUGCAUUGCUUUCGUUGCUGGAGUAUUGGAUGUGGAAACAGUAUCACCCUCUGGUGUACUUCAGAGAUGAAUACCCCUGCAAGGAAGGUGAAGUACUAGAUGUCAACUGUACCAAUCAGGGAGUGUCAGAGAUGCCUCUCGAGUUACAGAUCUACCAAGUGGAACCUGGAGAAUGGUUAACCGUGCCAUGCCCAGGGUUGACUUUGCCUGUCCAGGAGGGGUCGGUGGUAUUCUGGGUUACCCCAAGAAUGGCACUGAAUUCAUCAACCAGUGAUCCAAAUAUGAAUCUAUCAGUGUUUCCCAAUGGUACCCUUGAGAUCCAAGGAGCAUUAAGGGAGGAUUCUGGUACAUAUGGGUGUGUGGUGGCCCGUGGGCGUUACCCUGAUCCCAGUGAAACUCUGGAGGUCAGAGUGGUGGUUGGAAACUUGAGCGCUUCGUCCACCACUGGCUUGGUACACCGCAGCAGUGCAGAACAUUUCAACACUGCAUUCACCACCCUCGCGUCCUGUGUGGUCAGCAUCAUUCUGGUGCUGCUUUACCUCUACCUCACCCCCUGCCGGUGUCGGGAAAGCAGGAGCGGUGACACAGGAGGGUGCGGCGGGAGAGCCAUUAUCCUGUGUUCGGACCCCAGGGACGUGGAGGCAGGAGAGCGGCGGUCAAAUGGGAAAAGGGUUGCUUUCUUAGAGCCUCAGGCUGAGGACUCUGAUUUUAUUGGGCCAAAGACACCAGCAAUCACCUUGGAUUGUAUUUCCACAGAGGGAAUUCUUAAGAAUGGAAGUAGGACAGUGGGGCAGACCCUCACAGACCCUCCUCACAUAGUGCAGUGAGAAAAAAAUGAACCAUUUCAGACUACCUUUACUCCUUUUUUUCCUGUCUUGUCCAUUCGCUGUGAUGUAGUGUGCUGUGAGUCAUGUGAAGUAGUUAUACACUCUGGUUUGGGCGCUUUGCCUAAAGCACAAAAUGCAGUUCUUCUGUGGAUCGAAUUUGGAUUAUAUCUCAUCUUCAAACGGUGUCUGUUGUUUAUAUUCAAAGUUUAUAUGGAAAUGUCGCUGUUACCUUGUGAAGUCGUUACAGCAGGGGUCAUGCAGAUCAUAAAAAUGUGCGCAGGCUUAUCAAAUUGGGCCAGGAGGGAUAUUCACACCUGCUGUCAAAUGCAUUGUGGUGCAGUAUCCAGAAUUGUGAAUAACAGCACGGUCUCUCUUGUCAUUGUUAACCGUGUAUCUUGUAAAGUGGAGCAUGUCUGAUGCUUUUCAAGGUAAACUCUUUCUUUUGCGCAGUUUCUCAGGAUUCUGUGAAAAGCUCCUCCGUAAAAAAACAAUAGCAGAGCAAUGGGCUUCACACCUUUUACACUCUCGGUGGAGUAAGAAAGGCUGGCUGGUGUUAGGUUGCUCAAAAGACAAAUUCUUAAAUGUUAAAAGCAGAAAAAAAAUCAAAGACAGAGAGAAAAUAUCAAGAUUUUUCUGCCUCUCUUCAGACUGCUCAAGAGUCCAAUUUGUGCUCCCAAUUACAUUUUAAUCAGCACUAUUGACUGUUUUAGAUAACAAGUCAAAAUAGUUGGAAACACUGAUGAUCAAGUUUAGAGCAUCAUGUCUCUUUUUUUAACUAAUUCUUUACUUUCUGAAGUUCUUUACAUUGACAGACAAAUUUCCAAGGAAGAAAAUGACGAAGAGUCCGGCAUUAGCUUUAUUGCCCCAUUGGGGAUAACCUUGUACCUUGAUGCGUUAGCGCUCCCGUAAUCUCAUUUGUGAGGUGUUGAUGUGCCAGUUGGAGCCAACUGAAGGCAGUCCUUUCAUAUGAUUACAAGUCUUUAGUCUUGUUUCAUGCAUAUUGCGUCGUUGCAGGACCCAAUGUCUGUCAACAACCAACUUGUGGUGUCGUUGUCCUGUGACUCGUGAAGAAAUCUGGCUGCAGUUGUGUAAAAGGUGACCUUACGAGAUCCCAAGUCAGGAAACUGGCUUAUAGUCUGUAGAUAUGAAAGAUUGUACAUUAGUCUUUUAAGAAAUCUUUUUCACGUUUUUGUGAUGUGGUUGAGUGUAUGGCCAGCAUUAAUGUCACUUCAAGCCCAGCUUUGACAUGAAUGUCAGCACUGAUUAAAAAAAAAAAAAAGGUCAAAAUUGGGUUAGCUAAUUCUAAGUAGCCGUAAAAAAAAUCUCAGACCACAAAGGUGGAUUUUGUCUGGUUUUUGAAUCAGGAGAGUCGCAGAAUGAAAAUACAUUUCAAGACAGCCAACGUGACUUAAAAUAAUGUAGUUCAGUGUGGUCUUGUCUCUUUUGCAGAUGAACUGGAUUUCUUAAGCAAAAGAAUAUCAGCCCUGUGUGGAGCAGACAGGGAAAGUGUGUUUAGAGGUAAACCCAAUUUAUUUUUCCCAAACCCUAACCACCUGAGGUUUAAAUGCCUAAACCUAAACAAACAGCAUCUGAAGACAAACUGACAUUUACAACUGAAGUCUGUAACUCUUUCAGCAUCCAAAAAUGUUUUUUUUCUUUGCCUGUGAUCCUCUUUUCAUGUGACCUUCACAAAAUGCCACGAGUCUGCUAAAAAAAAGAAAAGAGAAAGAGAGAGAGAGUGAGAGAGAGACCUUUGCUCCCCAGGACACAGCUCAAUGCAUCACAUUUUGAACGUUUUUUCAGCAGUAACCUAAAACUAAAGAUUACAAAGUGGAAGAUAAAAUCCCAUCAAAAGAUGAGUCUCAGUCCGCACAUUAACUCCAAAUAUGAAAAAUUAAGCAAGGUAUGGGGGGAGAAAAUAAAAUGA